AUGCCAAUGGUAGUGGCAAAGAGAAAUGCUAGAGAAAGGACUCGUGUGCAUACUGUGAACCAGGCGUUCCUCGUUCUGAAACAACAUCUUCCAAGUCUUCGCCAAUUCACGAAACGUGUCAGCAAGCUGCGUAUUCUAAAUGCAGCAAUCUCCUACAUCGAAACUCUUCUCAAACUUCUCCAAAGUUCCGACACAGUUCCCUCAUCUGUGAUCAAUGCAACUCUCGGUCCAAUAAUUCCAACUCCAGUGAGAAUUGCUCAAAAAAUAAAACAACCCGAGCCUCGUCCCCCUCAACCGAUUCUUCCACGUCAGCCGAUCUUGACUUCGGCUCCGGCUCCAAUCGCCACAUGCGCCCCUGAUCAUUCUCUUGUGGAUUACCGUCCAUCUCUUCCAUCCUCUUUCCAAACAGUUCAGCCUGUUCAAAUGCCAUCUGUAUUUUCUCCUCAACCAACAUUCCCUUACAUGAAAACCCUUCUCGAUUAUCCAACCUAUUUCUAUCAACCAUCCACUGUACCGCCACCUCCACCACCUCCAAAUCCAUCUCAAUCAGCAUCUUCCCAUUUGAUUGUCAAUAAUCCUCUGGUUCCAAUUCCAUCCUAUCAAUGUUUUUGA